GCGAGGUUUCCAGCUAGUACUCUGCUACACCCCUCCGCUGCUUUAAGAGUGCGUCAUUUAUCGAACAAAUGGCGAACGUAGUGAAGAAGUGUGUCUCUCCUUUAGUUCUCCUCAACAGGAGGCUUUCAACUCCAGAUCUGCGAGUACAGUCUGCUUACCACAAGAAGGUGGUGGAUCACUAUGAGAACCCUCGUAAUGUGGGGUCGCUGGACAAGACAGCCAAGAAUGUGGGCACAGGAUUGGUGGGUGCACCAGCCUGCGGUGAUGUGAUGAAGCUUCAGAUUGAAGUGGAUGAUAAGGGAAAGAUUGUUGAUGCCCGCUUCAAGACCUUUGGGUGUGGAUCAGCUAUUGCCUCCAGUUCCCUAGCAACGGAGUGGGUGAAGGGCAAAUCGGUUGAUGAAGCUCUUAAGAUCAAGAACACGGACAUUGCCAAAGAGCUUAGUCUUCCCCCAGUCAAACUUCACUGCUCCAUGCUGGCAGAGGAUGCCAUCAAAGCCGCUCUGGCUGACUACCGGCUCAAGCAGAAUGACAAGAAGGAGGCUGCCAGCGCCAGCAACUAAGCGCAGUUAUAGGGUGAUGGUCUCGCCCCUCUCUCGCCCUGCAGUACCAACCCACGUCUGUAGCGCUGACUUCCUACCCAGGCAGAGACCACCAUAACAUGCAUACCAAUACUCUUCAGCCCUCGUCACCGUAGCCUGUCUAUUAAACGCACAAUAAAAGAAUAUCACUGUCAGGUUGCAGUGGCUACAAAGCUAAGCCUUAUUUUGUUAUCGGGGAGGGUCGUGAAGGAGGAUCGUUCUGUGCCGCGGUUUGUCUGGGAGGUGUGCAUUUUGAUUAUGUCACAGGUGUGUGGCGCAUGUCGUCAGCCAUUUGGUGGCACUGUGUGAUGCUCCUAGAAGAUGGCACAUAUUAAAGGAGUUGCAGUGAGCUGGAAUUGAGCUUUCAGUAUUAAGUGGGGUAGGAUAUUGAGGUGGUUUACCUUUUCAAGUUUAUAUUUAGUGUAUUUGCUCCCUGAUUGUGACAACCAUAUUUUAUGGACAAUAAAGUACAAAGUGUAUAACA